AUGCCUAGAAAAGUAUACGUCGUUGGCGUCGGUAUGACGAAUUUUAUUAAGCCCGAUAGUGAUAGUGAUUAUCCCGAGUUAGGCAAGGAGGCCGUACUUGCUGCCCUUGCCGACGCAUGUAUCAAAUAUGAGGAUAUCCAACAAGCAAUAUGUGGAUACGUGUCCGGGAAGUCGUCUUGCGGGCAGCGAGUAUUAUACGAGGUCGGUAUGACCGGCAUUCCCAUCUAUAAUAUCAACAAUAACUGCACAACUGGCUCUAAUGCUCUAUUUUUGGGCAAAGAACUAAUUGAAGGUGGCAUAUCUGAUGUAAUUCUAGCCUUAGGUUUCGAGAAAAUGCAACCGGUAUUCAGUCACAACAAUUUUAUUAAUAGAACCAGCCCAUUGGACAGACAUAUACAGAAACUGGCAGAGAUGAGUGAACUUGUAAGAGCCCCCAUACCUGUACAAUUUUUUGGCAAUUCUGCAAUAGAACACAUGAACAAGUAUGGCACAACUGAGAUCCACCUUGCCAAAAUUGCUGUAAAGAACCAUCGAAACGGUUGUAAAAAUCCAAAGGCACAAGGAAAACGUGAAUACACUGUUGAAGAAAUUUUGAAAUCUAAAAAAAUUUAUGGCCCCCUUACUAAACUUAUGUGUUGCCCCACUAGUGAUGGUGCUGGGGCUGCUGUUCUUAUGUCAGAGGAAGCUGUGAUCAAAUAUGGCCUACAGUCAAAGGCUGUAGAAAUUAUUGGUAUGGAAAUGGUCACUGAUACACCUGAAUUAUUUACUGAGAAUAGUUUCAUGAAUCUCACUGGUUACAAAAUGACAUGUUUGGCAGCUCAACGUUUGUACCAAAAGACUGGAAUAUCACCAAAGCAAGUUGAUGUUGUUGAACUACAUGAUUGCUUUGCAUCUAAUGAAAUGAUCAGUUAUGAAGGUUUGCAGUUAUGUGGGGUUGGUGAAGCAGGCAAGUUUAUUGAUGCAGGUGAUAACACAUAUGGUGGCAGAGUAGUUGUGAACCCAAGUGGUGGGUUGAUAGCUAAAGGUCAUCCUCUUGGAGCAACUGGUCUGGCGCAGUGUGCUGAGCUAGUGUGGCAACUUCGUGGUGAGGCUGGUGAAAGACAGGUUGGUUUUAAUAUUGGGUGUACUCUGAUCGGGAUGCAUGUUUUGGACCAGGUAAUGUGGUUGACAAAUAAAUACCUCUAUCUAUACACUCAGCUACUACCAAUUUUAAAAUGA